UUCGCUUCGUCUUCUUCCUCUUCCUCCAUUCUUUCACCCCAGGGGAAUUUCUCUUCCCUUUCCUUCGUGUCCCCCUUUUUCUUGAAGGACUCUUCAAUCCCUCGUUAUCGCCCGGCCAGCGCACGUUUCCCCCUCCCCCCUCCCCCCUCGCCGGUCUUGCUUGAACUGCGCUCGCUGUCCGCCCUCGGUCCCUCCGGCUUUUCCCCUGGUUCUCGUGGGUUCGCAGCUGUCAGCAUGAGUCGCACGGAAGCUGAUUUGGCGAUUAACAUUCGCAAAGCUACUAGUAUUGAGGAAACCGCGCCGAAACGAAAACAUGUUCGGAGUUGUAUCGUUUACACAUGGGAUCACAAGUCUUCUGCUGCCUUCUGGGCUGGUAUGAAGGUCCAACCGGUGCUGGCCGAUGAAGUCCAAACGUUCAAAGCUCUUAUCACGAUCCAUAAGGUCCUGCAAGAAGGGCAUCCCGUGGUGAUUCGGGAGGCGCAGCAACAUGUCAACUGGAUCGAUAGUUUGAUGAGGGGUGUCGGAGGAGAUGGCAUUCGGGGCUACGGUCCUCUGAUUAGGGAGUAUGUUUUCUUCCUGGAAUCCAAGUUGACGUUCCACCGCAACCACCCCGAGUUCAACGGCUUGUUUGAGUAUGAGGAGUAUAUCAGUUUGAAGACUAUCAAUGAUCCGAACGAAGGAUAUGAGACUAUUACGGACCUCAUGACCCUUCAAGACCAGAUCGAUGCCUUCCAGAAGCUGAUCUUUUCUCAUUUCCAAUCUGGUACAAAUAACGAAUGUCGAAUCUCUGCGUUGGUCCCUCUUGUGCAGGAAAGUUAUGGAAUCUAUAAGUUCAUUACUAGCAUGCUGAGAGCUAUGCACACAACGACGGGCGAAUCUGAGGCCCUCUCUCCCCUUCAUGGUCGUUACGACGCUCAACAUUACCGCCUUGUCCGAUUCUACUACGAGUGUUCCAACCUACGCUACCUGACCAGUCUCAUCACCAUCCCAAAACUCCCACAAGACCCACCAAACCUGCUCGCGGAGGACGAAGACCGACCGGCUUUACCGAAGCGACCGGCCAAGGAGGUUGAGGUCACACCAUCUCCUCCGCCCAAGCCGGUUGCUGCUGAGCCGGAGCCGAUUAAUGAAUUCUGGAACAGCGAAUCGCAACGCCAGCAGGAAGAGUUUGAAGCAGAGCAACGUCGUCUUCAGCAGCAGUGGGAAGAGCAACAAAGGCAGCAGGUCCUUGCUCAGCAGCAGGCCCAGCGUGAUUUUGAGGAACAGCAGCGUCUGCAGGCGGAACAACAGCGUCUCGCCCAGGAACAGCUGCUGCGUGAACAGUACCAGACCCAGACCCAAGGCCGACUGGCUGAACUGGAACGGGAGAACUUGAAUGCCCGCGCACAGUACGAAAGGGACCAGCUAAUGCUUCAACAAUAUGAUCGUCGUGUGAAGGAUCUGGAAGAACAGAUGAGCCAAUUGAACAACAAUAUUAACAUGCAGAAUGCUUCUAAGGACGAGCAGAUCCGACUACUUCAGGAACAGGUUAACACCUGGCGCACAAAGUACGAGGCUUUGGCCAAGCUCUACUCUCAACUCCGACAGGAGCAUCUCGACUUGCUCCAGACGACCAAGAGCCUAAAGCUGAAGGCAGCAUCUGCGCAGGAAGCCAUUGAUCGACGGGAGAAGCUGGAGCGUGAACUCAAGACCAAGAAUCUCGAACUUGCUGACAUGAUCCGGGAGCGUGAUCGUGCUCUGCACGACCGAGAUCGCCUGACUGGCAACAACAAGGAGGAGCUUGAAAAGGUCAAGCGAGAACUCCGCUUUGCUCUCGAGCGCGCAGAGAACGCCGAACGCCAGAAGGGCACUGAGAUUUCUUCCUUGCUAUCCAAGUAUAACAGGGAGAUGGCUGAUUUGGAAGAGGCGCUCAGGAACAAGACACGGGCUUUGGAAGAUUACUCUUCCCAUAACGACAUGAGAAACGGAGACCACGAUCUUGCUCUUCGUGAGAAGGAUGAGGAAAUUGAAGUAUACAAGUCCGGAAUGGAACAAGCUCUUAUGGAGCUCGAGGAGCUGAAGCUGAGCCAAGGCGAUGUCGAUAACGCGCUGGAUACGCAGAUCGACCAUGUUCUGCACAGCACCGUCUCGAAGAUCAACGAUAUUAUUGAUUCCGUGCUCCAGACUGGUGUCCAACGUGUUGACGAUGCUCUUUAUGAAUUAGACUCGUCCAUGCAGGGCGGUAAUCAGAAUGCUUCUCCCUCCUACGUCCUCUCCCAGAUUGAAAAGGCUUCCGCUUCCGCCACCGAAUUCUCUACCGCUUUCAAUAACUUCAUUAGUGACGGCCCUAACAGCCCACAUGCUGAGAUUAUCCGCACGGUGUCCAACUUCUCCGGAGCCGUUGCAGAUGUGCUCAGCAACACGAAGGGUUUGACUCGCUUCGCGAACGACGAUAAGAGCGCCGAUCAGCUGAUCAAUGCCGCCCGCAAGUCGGCGCAGGCCACUGUUCGUUUCUUCCGCGGACUGCAGUCCUUCCGUCUUGAAGGACUGGAGGCUCUCCAGAAGGCCGACGUGGUCAUUAACAACAACUCGGAAGUUCAGAGAGAUCUGCAGUCUCUGUCGAAGCUUGUGGAUGCCUUUGCACCAAAGAGCAGCAAACUCCGCACCAACGGCGACCUUGGCGAUCUCGUGGACCAGGAACUUACCAAGGCCGCAGACGCCAUCGAAGCUGCGGUGGCGCGUCUCGCAAAACUCAAGAACAAGCCUCGCGAUGGCUUCUCUACCUACGAACUCCGCAUCAACGAUUCGAUCCUGGAGGCUGCGAUUGCUGUGACCACCGCAAUCGCCGAACUGAUCAAGGCUGCCACGGCGUCGCAGCAGGAAAUUGUCCGCGAGGGACGGGGAAGCUCCUCCAAAACUGCCUUCUACAAGAAAAACAACCGAUGGACGGAGGGUCUCAUUUCAGCCGCCAAGGCCGUUGCGACUUCGACCAACACGUUGAUCGAGACGGCGGACGGCGUCAUCUCCGGCCGCAACUCCCCUGAACAGCUUAUUGUGGCCAGUAACGACGUAGCCGCCAGCACAGCGCAAUUAGUGGCCGCUAGUCGUGUCAAGGCAACAUUUAUGAGCAAGACCCAGGAUCGCCUGGAGACCGCCAGCAAGGCUGUUGGUGCUGCUUGCCGGGCUUUGGUGCGGCAGGUGCAGGAGAUCAUUGCGGAGAAGAACCGCGAUGAAGGAGAAGCGGUAGAUUACGCGAAGCUCAGCUCACACGAGUUCAAGGUGCAGGAGAUGGAGCAACAGGUUGAAAUCCUUCAACUCGAGAAUUCCCUUGCACGAGCCCGCCAACGACUGGGAGAGAUGCGCAAGAUCUCUUACCAGGAGGAAUAG